AGUGCGAGAAUUUCACUUAUAUCUAACAGUGAUAUUCGCUACGUUGGUACACUUCAUGAGAUUAACUCCGAAACUUCGACUGUUGCACUGGAAAAUGUAUCAAUGUUAGGCACAGAAGGGCGACGGCCAGAAAAUGAAGUUGCACCUCUAGACAGCGUAUACGAAUACAUACUCUUCCGUGGCACAGAUGUAAAAGAUCUGCGAAUCGAAGAGGCACCAAUCAAAGAAAUAAAACCACCACAAGUUCCCAACGACCCUGCUAUUCUUGGAAGUCGAUCUCGUCCUACACCCCCUAAUAGAUCCGUCACCCAUCACCAUCAGCAGAAUCUAUCAAUACAAGGCCAGGGCUUACAAUCCCACCAAACUAAACAGGAGCAUCAAGAUUUAUCUCAAAACGUUUUAAAUUCAAGCCACUUCAACCAACAGCAUCAGUACCCGCAAUUUUAUCCACAGGCCUCGGGUUGGAGUAGAGAAGUUCCUCCAGGAACUACUGGGUUUCCCUCUGUACCGUAUGUCAACUCUGCAGGCUGGUUUGCGGGUCCACAGCAAGCAUAUCCUCCAGGACCUCCAUUUCCGCCAUUCGGAUACUCAACCGGCCUUCCAUUACAAUACACGCAGCCUCAGAACGCUCUCAAUGGUAAACCUCAUCCUAUCGGAUCAGGUCCGUCGAAGCAAGAAAUUUCACCUACGCUAAAUCCAGUAAAGCAAAGCAGUAAUUCGGUCGAACCUAAGAAUGCUCCGAAAGCAGCAGAAAUGCCCGCAGCCCCCGUCCGCAAAGUUUCAUCAUCUCAGGCGAACACAAAGGCUCCAAAUGAAAAAAAACCUAGUAAUGCUGAGGUUUCAAACACUGGUAAUAACUCAGGUCCAAGAAAUCAUUAUCGUGUGCAGCCAGCCUUACCUCUACCAAACACGAUUUCUAAGAAAGAACCAACUCAAUCAGUCACUACGAACAAGGUUACAAAGCCAAAAACCGACCUAUCCGAGACUUUAAGAGAUGCUACACAGGCAGCCUCAGCUGCUGUGGCAGCAGCCAUGGCAAAUCUCCCUCAAAACAACGAGACCAGUGGACCAGUCGAUAAUUUAACCAAGAAGGUCAAUGAAAUGAGGAUUUCAGACCCAAAUAAAGUUUCUCGAAAUACAAACGGAACCAAUUCUAAUACUGGGAAACAGACACGAGGAAAUAAUAAGAAUGGAAGCUCAAGAGGCGGUAACAGGGGCUCUGCACCAAAAAUUGAAGUCCCAAAAGAAGAUUUUGAUUUUGAGUCAUCAAACGCAAAAUUUAGUAAACACGAUUUAUUAAAGGAAAAUUCUAUCAAUCCUUCUUUUGGAGAGAUCGUGCCCCCAGAAAUGCCGAUGGACCAAAAGCUACCCGUAAUUUACAAUAAAGCAACUUCUUUCUUUGAUAAUAUUUCAAGUGAAGCUAAAGAUCGUCAAGAAUCAAACAACAAUAAACAGGGAAGCCGAGAAUGGCGAGGCGAAGAGCAGAAAAAAAACCUUGAAACAUUUGGCCAAGAAUCUAUUGACAAUAGCUACCGGGGUGGAUAUCGUGGCCGUGGAGGUAGUCGGGGGGGAUACAGAGGUCGUGGAUACUCCGGAAGUAACCAUCCAUCAAGAGGGCGCGAAGGACGAUAA